UUUAUUUAUCACAUUUAAUAUUUUAAUCAACACUCGUCACUCAUCAAUGUUUGCUCUCAAUCGAAAGUUACUGCAUUUUGUAUCUUUAGUACAAAUUAGCAAUAUAUCUAAGUGUAGUUAUCGAACAAGCAGUUAUAAUCCUAUAAGAUUUUCAGGUCCUAGAUUCAAAAUGUCCGAGGUUGAAAAAUCUGCAAUCGCUACACCUGGCGGUGAUACAAUUUUUGGUAAAAUUGUUAGGAAGGAAAUACCUUGUAAUUUCAUAUACGAAGACGAUCUUUGUGUUGCAUUUCAUGACAUCAAUUCUCAAGCACCUGUUCAUUUUUUGGUAAUACCUAAGAAACCAAUUGAAAUGUUAUCUGCCGCUGACAGCUCUGAUGAAACGUUACUUGGACACUUAAUGUUGGUUGCAAGCAAAGUAGCAAAAGAACAAGGAUUGAAUGACGGUUUUCGUUUGGUAGUUAAUAAUGGAAAGGAUGGGGCUCAAUCGGUCUAUCAUUUACAUUUGCAUGUCCUUGGUGGCCGUCAACUUGGAUGGCCUCCUGGCUAAUUUUUGUUAACACUCAAUUUAAUAUGUAUUAAAUUGUUAAUAUGUAUAAGCAAAUUAUUUAAUUAAACAAAAUGUCAUAUUAAAAAUAAACUGGGACAGAUAUAA